AUGGCAAGGGGUUUCUUUUCAACGUUGAAAGGCAUCGACGCCUUUGGCAAAACAACAGAAGAUGUCAAAGUCAAGACUAGGACUGGCGCUUUCUUGACCUUGCUCUCUGCUGCCAUUAUCCUCGCUAUUACGACUAUGGAAUUCUUCGACUACAGGAAGGUCUUCAUUGACACCUCUAUCGUAGUCGACAGGAGCCGAGGAGAGAAAUUGACCGUGAACUUGAAUGUGACCUUCCCCAAGGUCCCCUGCUACCUUCUCAGUUUGGAUAUCAUGGACAUCAGCGGUGAAGUCCAACGCGACAUCUCACACAAUGUUCUCAAAGUACGAUUGGACCGAAGCGGCAAAGAAGUGCCCGGAUCGCAUACCGCAGACCUCUCUGCCGACGUUGAGAAGCUGUCCCAUACGAAGAAGGAAGGAUAUUGCGGCUCUUGCUAUGGUGGACUGGAACCUGAAAGUGGCUGCUGCAACACUUGCGAGGAUGUCAGGAUGGCCUAUGUGAACCGUGGAUGGAGUUUCACCAACCCCGAUGCUAUUGAGCAAUGUCGAAACGAAGGAUGGGCAGAUAAACUCAGAGACCAAGCCGACGAGGGAUGCAACAUCUCUGGCCGAAUCCGUGUCAACAAGGUCAUUGGCAACAUCCACAUGUCACCUGGUCGUUCCUUCCAAUCCAACUCGCGAAAUAUCUAUGAACUCGUGCCAUACCUCCGUGACGACCAAAACCGCCAUGACUUCUCGCAUAUCAUUCACCAUUUCGGCUUCGAGGGAGACGAUGAAUAUGACUACUGGAAGGCUGAGGCUGGUCAGAAGAUGAGGAGGAGGAUGGGUUUGACUGAGAACCCCUUGGACGGCAUCGAAGCUAGGACUUGGAAGUCGCAAUACAUGUUCCAGUACUUCCUCAAGGUCGUUUCUACCCGAUUCCGCACUCUUGAUGGCCAAACUGUCAACACCCAUCAGUACAGUACCACUUCAUUCGAACGAGACCUCGGCGAGGGUAUGAACCAAGAUGACGGUGGUAUUCGCGUCCAGCACGGCGUCAGUGGCCUGCCUGGUGCAUUCUUCAACUACGAAAUCUCCCCCAUUCAAGUAGUUCACGCCGAAUCACGGCAGAGCUUUGCUCACUUCCUCACAUCAACCUGCGCUGUCAUUGGAGGAGUCCUCACCGUCGCUGCUCUCGUCGACAGUGCGCUAUUCGUGACUGCCAAGGCCAUCAAGAAAUCUGGAGGCUCCUCGUCAUCGGGGAAACGCAUCUAA